CAUAAUUCCCAGCGUCGACACAACAUGGAAGAGGCCAACAGCUGCAAGAGAACAAUGUUUUGCCUGUAAAGCAGCUCAAAAAAGAAAGCGUUUUAGUCGAUUAAUUUAAAUGCUGCGAGUCGGCCGUGGUCAUGUAACGUUACAACAUAUUUCGUCAAUGAAUUUUGGCCGAUUAAAGACCCAAGUAUGAGUAUUAUCCAAGACAAGCUAGGCAAUGAGUUUUUACGGAAUGGAGGGAUGGACCCCAACUUCCCCCCCAACAUGAUCAUGUUCAGCCAUUUACCGCCAGUGACCAGCUUCACGUGCCUGACUCCGCAAGCCUCCAUGUCGGAUCUGCCCCAAGAGAUGAUCCUGAAGAAGGAGCGUGACUCUCCUGACCACAGUGGUGGCUUUCUCCACAGUAUGGGUAUAAAACAGGAGAAGCUCAGUGAGUUGGAUUACCGCCUUCCAAUGUAUGCAACAGGAACCGGAACAGCAGGAGGAAAAAGCACUGAUAUGCUGGACAUGUCGUUUGGCAACCACCAGAAUAUGCUUUUGCAUGACCUAAGCCUUAGCAACCAGUUCUCCAGAAGACAGGGGAAAGACCCAAAAGAAUCUGGGCCUAGAAGAGGGAGGAGAGCAAAUGGAGAAGGAGCAGAUAGCAAAGCCAGAAGGAAACAAGGAGAUUCCACAAAGUCACUCAUGCUGGAUGGUGAUGCUGGGCCCCUCUCUCCCAACUCUAAACCACAUGUUUGCGAGCACUGCAAUGCAGCUUUCCGCAGUUCGUAUCAUCUACGGAGACAUGUGCUCAUCCACACAGGUGAGAGGCCUUUCAGGUGCAGUCAGUGUAAUAUGAGCUUCAUACAGAAGUAUCUGCUGCAACGGCAUGAGAAAAUCCACAGCGGGGAGAAACCAUUUAGCUGUGACCAGUGCAACAUGCGCUUUAUACAGAAGUACCAUAUGGAGAGACACAAAAGGACACACAGUGGAGAAAAGCCAUAUAAAUGUGACACCUGUCUACAGAAUUUUUCACGGACUGAUCGAUUACUGAAGCACAAGAGAACCUGUGGAGAAGCCAUAAAGAAAGGUCUGGACCCAGGGAUGCUGGACCUCAGAGAUGAUGGGGACAUGGGUCAAGGCAGCUACCUACUCACUCAGGGAAACACUAGUGCCCCAUCACGCAAGAGGGGCAAGUCCAAAAGUAGCAAUGAUGGAGGAGAGCAACGAAGAAAGAAAGGAGCGGCUGCGGGAGGAGGAGUGGAGGUGGCACAAGGACUCUGCCCUCAAGACUAUGCCUUGAACUUCCCCAUUGGAUCUGGGGCAUCUUCUUCAGGGGGUCUUGAUGAGACAAGCAUGGAUAACCAGCAUGGACGAACACCCAAGCUGGUCUAUAAAAAUGGUGGCCCCAAGGGAAAUGACAAGGGUGUGGUUUCUAUGGAGGAGGCCAACAAUGUGCAGAAGCCAAGCUCUAUGAGCAUGCCUGGAGCUGGAAAUAUGGACGAUCUUGGCCUCCUCCAAACCUCCAGUGGACCCAAACAAGGAGGUAACAGCAGCAAUUAUGAUGAUGCCAUGCAGUUUUUGAAAAAGAGACGGUACCUGCAUGCUGCUAACAGCGCAGCAGGCUUCAGCUCUGUCCACCUUCCUCAGCCGACAGUAAUUCAGGGUGCCAUUGGAGAACCUACAUUGGCUUUGCUCGACACCUCGCCUUUGGUAAGCAUUGACAAGCAUGACAAAUCAGGGAUCCCAGAUGAGGUGCUGCAAAGCCUGCUAGACCACUAUAGCCACAAAUCUGAUGGCUCUCACCAUGAUGUGACAUUCGAUCUGCAAGAUUCACACCACGUGGAAUUGCAUCCAGCCUCCGCCACCUCUGAACUGGGUCAGGAUGAGGGAUCUCCCAGCUCUGGAGACAAGAAUGGGGUGAUGAACGAGUACUCAAAGUUCUUGCUUCAGACCCUGGAGAGAACCAGCCAUAGCAGCAACUUUAUUUUGGGCCCAUCUGGACCCUACCCAAGCCUGUUGUCAUCUAGCAGCAGCCCUGCUAGCACACACUUCCCAGACAAAAACAUCUACACCACCUCACCACUGGAGUGUGGAUUUGGACAGCCUGUUUCCUCCCUUCUUGCACCUUCCUCUUCGACAUCCUUAAGCAAGUCCCAUUUUGGGAUGCUGGUAAGUUCUCCAUCGCCUUCCCAUGCCUCACCAUCCUCUCAACAGGCCUUUCAUCUCAGCAGUCUGGAGCCUGCUCCUCACCAGCAGCUUACCCCGUCUCAAGAGCUCACCGAACAGCUGGAGAAGCAGCACUCACCGCCAUACCCUCUUUCAACUCAGGAGCUGACCAAUGGUGGCCAGAAAGACCAGCAGUCCAAGAACAUUGGCUCUUCGGUCAACAACAGGAAUGGCACCGGUGGCAGCUCGUGUAAUGGUUCUGUCUACUCUGAGCUCACUGCCCUGGAGCCAUCUAAGGAAGUGGACAUGCGUUCCACCUACCAGAUAGAGACUUUCGCCCAAGCCUUCGGGUCUCAAUUCAAGUCUGGUUGCCGAACCCCACUUGGUUAUGGUGGUGGGUCACAAGUGGGUGUCGUGGAAGUCGACCACGGGAUACAGCAGACUCCCGCGUCUGAAUUCUCAGGGUAUACUAAUCUGUUAGCAGAUGUUAACGAGCCAGCUAGCUCAGGAUCCAAAACCCCCACAAGCCAAAGUUAUAGGUAAAGGUUAAGGAAGCACACCUGACCCUGUUAUGUGGGAUGAGGACUUUCUCCGAUGCUUCCCUCUCCUUGCUGAUUAAAACGUUAAUACACUGCCA